GGUCUCAUAUGUAUAGAUUCUUAUAUGCACAGAUUUAUAGAUAUUGGCCCAGAAAACCGAUUUAUCAAUAAUAUAUGUAGUUUAUCAGUAAAAUAGACAGCGAUCUGUUCUUCCUCGUUGAGCACCAUGAAGCAGGUGGCAGUGGACGACGACACAGCAAUUCUUCCCCAAGAUAUCAUCACAAACAUUCUCAAACGACUUCCCGUAAAAUCCCUAAUCCGAUUUCGAUGUGUUUGCAAAAACUGGAAAAAUCUCUUCAAGACUGCAUCUUUCAUCGCUGACCAUCUCCAUCACACUGGUAGUCAAACCUCUUCUCUCCUUUUAGGAGGGGCUAACCCAAUUGUUCCUGCGUACUUGGGUUUUGUCGAUCAAAAAAUGCAAGUAUUUGAAGCUCAAAGCGCACCUCUAAUCGGUUCCUUGUUGGGUGUUAAUACCAUAGGUUCUAGCCAUGGCUUGGUCUGCCUCCAACGCAAUGAGGCUUCCAUCUUCGUAUGGAAUCCAGCUACUAGAGAGGUUAGACAGGUGUCCGUAGCUGUUAAUAUUUCUGCGCGUGAGUCUUUCAAGAUGGGAUUUGGGUUUUGUCCACUUGUUAAUGAUUACAAGAUAGUGAGAAUGCGUGUUUCUUCAAAUAAUGAACGGUCUAUUCGCAUGGAAGAGUCUCCCGUAUGUGCUAAGCUGGUUAAUCAAGUGCAAUUAUAUUCACUGAGCACAAGAACGUGGAAUGCAAUAGAAUUUGGGAACUUAGACUGUGUAUAUCUUAUUUCUAACAGUUUCCCUGCAAAUGGAGCUAUCUUUUGGUUUGGGUUUAUGCUAAAUUUGGGGCAGGAGGAUGAAAAUUAUGUUCAAUUGAUAGUUUCAUUUGACAUAGCAAUUGAAGUGUUUACUUUGAUACCAUUACCUACUUCAGUCCCUAAAUCACUUUUCAAUAGGCUUACUGUGCAUGAGAAUAAUCUUGCUAUGCUUUCUCACACUUUCAGUGGAAACUAUGAAUCUUCCUUGAUUGAUUUGUGGGUGAUGGAGGAGGGCGCAGGUGCGUCCGGGGAAAGAUGGAAUUGGACUAAGAAAUACAGUGUCAGCCCUUACCCAUGCAUUUUAGUUCCUUGGACUAUUUGGAGGAACGAAAUUGUCUGCAAUUUUGUACCCACUUGGGAAACUGAACGUGAAAGGAGGAAUAAUGAACAAAAUAUUGUCAUGGUCAAUCUCACUACUAAUGAAUUCAAGACGGUUGCUAUCCCAAGGAAGAGAAAUGGUUAUGUUAUCUUCAAUUAUGUAGAAAGCCUUGUACCAGUUGGCAACAACCAUAUUGAAGAGCUUUGAUCCUAGAGUUUAAUUAUUACCUUGGGGAUUUACUUUAAGAUAAUUUGCUGGAGAAGAUCAACCUGUACUUGUGACGAUCAUUUUGUACCUAUGAGGCUCGAUGCCGUUUAGAGAUUUUAUUGAGAUCGGUAAUGCAGAUAUUUAAUACUGGAUGUUGGUAGCUUUACUUGACCAGCCUAUUCUGUAAAUAUCAU